GGAAGUUGGAGUUGCAAGAAUCAGUCUAAGUCAGAAGAAACUGAUGACGAGUUGGUUAAUAUGUUCGUGUAUCUGUUAUCUGGCGUCAGGAAGAAUACACAAAUUAAGCCUAAAGAAUGAUGAUAGAGGAGUUGUAAGACUGAGCACGUUUGGGUUUUUAAAGAGCGGAGCUCUACAAGUUAACAUCACCCAGUUUAGAUAUAAUGUAAAUGGAGUAAAUAUGACAGAUAGUGGGAAGAUGGUGGAUUCAAUGUUUGGAUUUACUCUUGAUAAAAGUGAUAGCAGUGGAAUUGCUUCCUAUUUGGAGGACAAUCAAGGGAAGAACUGUAUCCUCUCCCUAAACAACCCAGCCAGUAUAUUCAAAGAGAAAACCAUGUCCAUCAUCUUCUUCAGGAUGAAGUUUUCCAACAAACAGAUGGAAAUUCAGAAGUAUGGUAAAGAUAUUAGAAUGCUGGACAUCUCAGCAAAGGCUCGUAUGAAAAUUUCUGGGAGAUCAUCUAUAACCAAAGGGAACACAGGUAAAGGUUUAAGUGACUCUUCAAUGAUGCGCAAAAUAACACCUGCAAAAUUCACUGAUCCACCCCCAGCAAGUGCACCAGGUAGUGUGACAAAAUCUACACAGAAGAGGAGCCUUCAGCGAAGAGAAGGGAAGAGGGAACCUCCCCCCAGUGUAGUUCCACCUCAGACAACCACACGAAAGACAGACCCCCUACACCCAGAACCAUUACCUAUUCAAGGGAAUCUUAAAAACGGACACUCUGUAUCUUUUGGAAUCAAUGUAGACAAUGACCAAGAGGAAGGGCUAUACAAUCUCUACUUUCACAAUUGCUUUCAGUAUGAAAAAGGGGUCCAUGCAACAUUUGAAAUGCAGGUUGAUAUAGAAGAGAUAAAUGACGGGAACUACUUGUCGGCGGGGGAGAUUCCUAUCCCCGCCCUCUUCUUCACCCUCUCCGUCCUGUUCUUCAUCGCUGGCAUUGUGUGGAUGGUGAUUCUACGCCGCGUUAAGGAGGAUGUAUACACAAUGCAUUAUUUAAUGUUUGCGGUGGUGAUGGUGAAGGCACUAUCAAAUCUCUUUAAUGCUGUGAACAUGCACUUUAUUGCAGUAGAAGGCAUGCACGAGGAAGCCUGGGCAGUAUUGUACUACAUUGUAUAUCUAUCUCGAGGAGCUUUAUUGUUUGUGACAAUUUUACUGAUUGGAACAGGAUGGACUUUUGUAAAACACGUCUUUUCAGACAAAGAAAAGAAACUUUUUCUGAUUGUUAUCCCUCUACAGAUUUUGGACAACAUUGCGUACAUUAUUAUUGAGGAGAGUGAGGAGGGCCAGUCGGAGUACGCUAUAUGGCAGGAGAUUUUUAUUCUGGUAGAUCUACUCUGCUGUGGAGCAAUUCUCUUCCCUGUUGUAUGGUAA